GUGGUCUGUGGCGACAAUCUGUCAAAAUACGACAGGAAUGAAAGAAGUAGAACUUGGGCUUGUGAUUAAAAUUUAUUGCUAUACGAAGAUCGUAUCCUAAUAAUUUUCAUUCAGUGUAUGAGUUACAUUAUUUAAGUAUUUUAAAACAGUUUACAUGUUUGUUUUUAAUUUAAGUUGUCAAAAUGGGGGACCUGCCUUAUUUGACUUGUUUGGUUUUGUACAUAUUUUCUUUUCAAAUUAUAGCUACUAAUUCUCGCACCUCUAAUAUUUGGAAAUUGGAUGUUGAAGAAGGGCAAAUCAUUGAUGGUAGUAAGUUGCCGCAGGAUGAGACAGACAAAUCUAAAAUAACAGAAGAAGAUGCUGUUUUCAAUAUAAUUACAUCCACUGUGUAUUAUGGAAAUACUUGGACUAAGCAUGGCUUUGACAUGUACUGCACAGACUGCCAAGUUUUUGACCAGCAAAGGAAUGCAAUGGAUAAUGUUGAAGAAACACCUUCAACAGAAGGCAACGGGGACACAGAUGAAGAAUAUUUGGACUGUGGAAAAUCUGUUAACUUCACAUAUUAUGAUAAUUUGGUUGGGGUUGCACGACGGCAUAGACAUCCUAAUGUUCCCGAACCACAGGUGGCUCUUAUAUUCACAAAGAAAAAGUUAUAUAAAAAUAGUGUAUCAGAGUUGGAUAUAAAUGCAUUAGAGAAACGUUUGAAAAAAGCGAAGAGAGAAAAACCAAAGUCUGUACAACUUUAUAACCAGAUUGGGAACUUCUGGAGAAUUAAAGGCGACACUCGACAAUCUAUAGAGUGUUUCCGACGCGCGCUCGCAGUCUCGCCUUAUAAUGCAGAGGUGUUGCUGAAUCUAGCGCGGGUACUGUUCACGCUGCAGUACCUUGAUGACGCCAUUUACCUAACAAGGCGCUCGCUUGAGGUGCAGCCGCCGGACCGCAGCGCCUGGCAGCAGUACUUCACGCUGGGAGAGAUAUUCAAAGCAUAUGGACAUUAUCAAGAAGCUGCACUACACUUGAAGCACACGCUGGACUUGCGGCCGGACUUUGAGCCGGCGCUGGCCGCGCUCAAGGAUAUUGAAAACAUCCCCGAGGCGUCUGUGCAUGUCUAUACUCUAAUCAUCAUCGUUUGCCUGGUGAUGGGAGUGUUACUCGUGAUUCUGUCAUCGGUGGACCACGGCGUGGAGGUGGAGGAGCACAAAACUCAACGACAUUUCAACAGAGCAAUGGCCAUGCGGUCGCUGCGCGGUGUGGCCAUGCCCGGCUCACGCGGCAGGAAGAAAGGUGGCUCGUAAGACACUCACACGUUCGGGCCUGAGUUUUUAAUCGAAAAAUGUGUUUGUGUUUUAUUUUUUGGUGUUAAGAAGACUUAAAUUGUUGUUUUUGAUUUUCAACGACACUAAUUCGAUAUGGAUGUUUUGAGUUUGAUGUUUGUUUUGAAAUUUAAAAAAUAUGUUGAUUAUUUAAAUUUGAAAAUCCUAAUCCACGGUGAUAUAAUGACGACGAAUCAAAGGUGAUUACGGUACUUUUUAUUUGUUUUUUUAUUUUAUUUUUAAUGUACCGCCACCUAUUUCGCUACUAACCGUGAUUAACAUCGCCACGCAAAAAGCUUGCUACGUAAUUAUAUUUUCUUUACGAGUACUGAGUAAAACCUAUUGUAAUAAUAUUAUUUCCACUACCAAAUUGUGUUAAAAUGUUACCUGUGAAGCUUCAACAACUAUUGAUCCUUCGAACCGGAUAAAAUAUUUUAACUAAUAGUAUUUAUAUUUUAUUGCUUUCCUUAUAACUGAAUAUCGAGAUAUUGCGUGAUUGUUUUCAAUUUUGUAAUAAGCCAUAAAAAUUACAAUAAAAUUAAAUCGUUCACAUUUCUUGUUACAAUAACAUAACUUAAUUAUAAAAAGCACUUGUUUUUAAAAGCAAUAUGUUCUUAUUUAAGUAUUAUUUAAGCCGUUUUAAUAAUUUUUUAAUAAACUUAAUUUUAUUUGUGAAGACUAUAAACUCAGGCUCGGAGUUAAUAGAAACAAUCUAUCGCGUUCUUUGUGCGUUGUGAAAGUGAAAAAUGAAAACUUAAACAUGUACUUUAGACAUCCGGUGUGACUCGAAUCAAUACAUUAUAGUACUGUUCUGUUAAAAUAUUAAUUUAAAAUACGAUAACAUACUUUAAAAGUGCUUUUCUUUUACAUUAAAAUUUGUGGGUAGUUAAAAAUUCUUUGAUAAAUUCCUAAAGAACAUGAGUUGCGUAAAAAAAAUAUUUGCAUUGCUGCCGAAGAUGCUACGACACUAAAUUGUUGAUUAUGAUCAUUGUUUUUAAUUUUUAUUUUUAACAGAACAGUACAUUUUUUGCCACAACUCUUUGUUACUAUGAAGUUCGAAAUAUGCGCAUUAACUUAAUUUUUUGUAAAAUAAUUCCCCUGUUUCAUCUUGCAUAUUCCGUUUAAAGGCGCACAAUAUUUUCAUAGCCACAGAAACAAGGAUCACUGGCGACUAUAAUUAUCAGAGGCUACAAAUAAACUGUUAAUCUUUGAAUGUCAUGAUUUUGUCAUGUUUGAUUUUAUCUCUGCUUCGUAGAGUUUUACAAUGACAACAAUAUUCGGAAUUAUUUUUAUAGCAGAUUAAAAAAUUUGCUUAAAAUCAUAUUAACAACAUUAUUUCUAACCUCCAAACGGAACUUUUCCGUCUCGUUGAUUACUUUGUAAGGGUGAUAUCAUAUUUACAAAACGCUUUUAAUAAGCAAUAAGAUUUUGAAUAACUAUUCGUAGCUUUUUUGUAUGCGAAUAAUUAGGCUCGUAUUUGUCCCCAAUUUUCAAUUAUUACGUAGCCAUUUUUAACAUCAAUUUAUUCGAUGUAUUAACUUUGACAUAUUUGAAAUGAAAAUUGUUGGCUCUUGAUCGUGAAAUUAUUAAAAAAAAUAAGUCAAUUGAUAAUGAUUUCAACUAUCCCGAUAAAUUAAAUAACUUUAUCAGAGUCAAUGAUUCAUAUUUUCACAAAAAAAGAGAUAAAUAGGCAUGAUUGAUGUUA